CGCACUAGUAGAGUAGAGCCUUGCUCUUCGUCCACCAGCAAUGCGGUUUAGUACCUUUUUGAGAGUUGAAGUAUUCGACAUUUUUCCGCCAAGAGAUAUCAUGAGCCCAAUCCGCAACCAGGUGCAGGUCCCCACCCGACAUUUCACUUUUUUGUAGGAAAGCCUUAAUUUGGCUCGAAGCCAGAAGACACCACGGAAAGACGUGGAGCGAACUUACUUUGAUGCAGCAGAAUUGUUACGCUCACUGACCACGCUGCUUAUCUCUUUUGUUUUUUGAACUUUCACUUUUGGUUUUGUCACCCUUUCUUUAUCAUUUACAUUUUCAGAACAGAUUUCUUUGUCUUUCAUCACAGAAGAACCUGAAUCCACGUGAAAAGUCGAUUCUCGCUUUAGCUACGGUUUGAUAAGGCCGAUAAACUUAUUUUCACGUCGGCCUGCGUGGAAGAAGAAGAACUGCAAGGACGAACUAGCGCGCAUUUAUUGCUCUCACCCAGGCCGGCCGACGACGGCAUUCGCAUUCCUAAUGGAUGCGCGCCCUGGUUUUCGCCGUGCCUGUCUGGUCUCCGGCGCAGUCGUGAGUGGGCAACUUUUGUUGAUCCAGGAUGCGCAAGCCGCAGAACAAGGGACUGUGGGUCGGAAAACGGACAGCACCUCCGAAACCCGCGGAACAAGCGCCGAUGCCUCAAAGCAGAGUCUGGAAGAAGCGGCCGCCUCUCGGGAGAUUAUGACUGCAUGCGAAGCGGGGUGCAAGGACUCUGCUCAUGCGGCCGACGUGUCGUUUCUGGAAAAGUGUGACUGCGACAAGAAUGAUGAUGGACGUGUGGCCCGCGUGCAGAAAAUUCAGCAGGUAUGGUUAUUUCUCGAAAAACUCAUUGUUCCAAACAUAAAUCGGUGCCGCACUAUGCGACGCUCCGGUCUAACGAGGAGACCACGCCAAGGAUCGAAAUAUUAUGAUUAUCUAUUAGGCAGAUUUGGAAGUGCGCACGUGUGUCUCGGAUCGGGGCCGAGAUCACACCACUCAUAGUCAAGUACCAGCAAGAUACAGACAAGAAACGAACGAGAGAAGUGGUCGUGCAUGUGGGGCCUUGAGCAGCUAGUCCUCGCAUGCUCAGCUAUUGUCAUAUAGAAUUUUGGGGCAUGAUGUGCAAGAAUACGUACUUUCUAUACUGCAGUACAUCUAUACACAACAGGAUCUCCGGCGGCUGGACGAGGAGGAGAAGGAACGCUGGAAGCUGUACUGGCAGCAGCACGAGGAGAGGCGCGCGCAAUCGGACGCCUCUUUCGCGGCUUUCAAGGCAGAUAUGGAGAGAAGUCGACUAGAAAUGAAGAAAUCUGCCGAAGAUCUCGAGGCAACGCAGAGGGACUACGACCAAAAACUUGCCAAAAUGCUUCAAGCAGGAAAAGACGCAGACGAUGCUCACUUCCGUCAGCAGCUCGAAGAAUUUGACAAGAUUUACAAAAACCACCGCGCCAGUAUGCAGGCGCAGCACAAACAAGAACGGGAAGCGUUUUUGGAGCAGUUGCACUCGAUGAAUGCUUUGGGCGGAGUAGCGGAGCAAACGUUCAGGCAGAAGAUUGCCUCGGUGGACACCUUGCAGGUAGAAAUUGACAAAAAGAUGGACGAGAAACUCUCGGUGUGGAGGGAGCCGCCCGGCCAGCGGAAAUCGAAGCUGCAUCGAAUUGACGACGAACUGCGUGCUUUGAAAGCGAAGCAAGAUGCUGCAGCGCAGGAACUUGGCGAUUGGAUCAAAAACUUCGGCCGCCAGCAGCAGCAGGAGACUCCCGGCCGCGUCGGGAGCAGCAGCUUUCUCGCAGCCUAGUGACGCGCGAUCGCGUCCUCGUGGCAGCUUUUGGCGAUACCAGGACUACUUCUUUUCAGCAACUACAAUUCCGCAUCGUCAUCUGUACACUUUUGUACACAAUUUUGUCUAUUUCGCAAGCGACUCGCAUUUCUAAAAGUUUGCUUGCAGUGCCCACCACCGUGUGAUUGAGAUAGUGAAGAUGACAUCUGAAAGUUUAUUUAACUUUAAGUUUUACAAAGUGACAACACAUUUUCAACCUGUUUACACAUUACAGACUCCACCACGAUUCAUCCGGCUUCAGCUAUGUUAUGCUUUAAAUUUUUCUACAACUCACUGCAUCGGGUGGUUGGGUAUUUCAAACAUUGUAGUUCUUUUUUCAUAUAGCUGAGGUCGUGUCAUAAUCAUUUGUCGACAACUUGUAUAACUUACAACAAUGCCGCAUUUUCGUUUUAUAACAAGUUUGCAAUUGAUUCACCUUUACUUGCUUACUGUACUAUCUUCCGCACCGCAUACAACGCUUGAAACCGUUUCGCUUUUAGGAGAAGGAGACCUAGUAGCCGCAUGACUUUGGGAGCAAUUAUUUCAAACCCUGUUCAUUGUGAGCGAACUGGUGUCACGGGCACGAACAAGAUGCAAUGAAUCGGACCGACAACGAGCUGGAUAUCGAACUAAAUAGGAGGACUUCAUCUAUGAAGAAGAAGCGCGAAACUUGUUUUACUUUUUCAGUUAUUACACAAAAAAAAAAGUCCUCAGAUGUAUACCUUUUUAACAUAUUUCAUCAAGUCAAGAUUUGAAAAAAAGCCGAUCACUUUUUUCCCGCAAGGGUUUUUCUCGUUUAAGCCUACUUACACAGUUUACAAAAUUAAGUCAUAACUUUAUCAGAAAAAUCAUGAUGUUGGUGAUCCACGAGCAGAAGCAAUGAAGAGCAUGAGACUGAGCAGGACCAGAGGGCCUUGAAACAAUUGACGCCAUGCCCGGGCAAGAACAGAAAGAAAGAAAGAACCUUGCUCAUGUUUUCUUUGAUGUGUGAUUGAUGAAGCAGCGGGCAGCUGCUGUUUAACAAGGCUUUGGGAUCCUCUGAACAAGAUCAACUCGGUACUGUCGACGCG